AUGGACGUAAGCUAUGCUGGCAACUGCGAAAUUAACAUAUCUGUGGGCAUGUUUACUGCCGGGGUGCGAGACAUUCAGGUUGAUUUUGCGUUGUUUUGCGGUCGAUGCCAUGCCGGUAUUUUAGUUCAGAGGCAACCUCCGCUGUCAACUGCGGCCCUUGAUCUCUCAGCCACCAUGGUUCGGCGGAAUCACUUUAUGUUUUCUGGAUUUUCCGACGACGUCAUCGUCUUCGCUAAAGACCCGGCUGAACUCCAAACAAAGGCUGUGCAGUUGGAAAAGGUGUCACAUACCAUCAGUCUGGAGAUGAAUAUCUCGUCUACCUAA